CUACAGGUUAGCGUCCCCGGCCCUCAGAGGGCGUGGCUGAUACUGGGUUAUAUUAUAGUGGGCCGUGGCAGAAAGUCACUUCUGCUCCGAAGUUUGUCAACGAUAACCGGAUUAUCCUUAACAGGUCCAUGGCGGCUUCAUCGGGCGACCGAAAUCAACCAGAACAGGGCGAUGUCAACAGUGAUGACGAGUUUCCUGAACAGCAAUUCCCGCCGUGCGCUAGAGUCGUACCCCCGGAGGAGAGGACGCCGGAGAGCUCCGUGAGGAGACGACGCCGCCCCCGCCGGCCGCCGCCCACGGUGACGAAGCUGUGCCUGCGGUCGCUGCGAGUCAGCCGGCACAUGCUGUCCACGCUGCUGCGGUGGUUUGCCGCGCGGCCGCUGGGCCAGCGCGCGCUCGAGGCCGUGGGAUACACGCUGACCACCGUCGAGCGCGCCACCAUCUGGGCCGGGUCCGCCACGGGCGAAGCUGCUGAUCGUCUGCCGCUGCCUUUCGCGUGGUAUGCCAUGAUGCCAGUAGUUAUGGCGCUGAUGGUAAUCAGGAUGGGAGCUGCUCUAGCUGAGAGGUACCUCGACGUCCAGCUGCCGGACAACAGGGAACUGGUGAGCUGGCUCGAAAGGCAGCGCAUCGAACUGGAAGAGCUUCAGGCUACUACAGCGUGGAACAUACGCACCGAAUGUAUCGACGAAAGUGACACCACGCAUAGUUUCCUAAACAAGUGGCCGUUCAACAUACCAUACAAGGCAGCGCAACAACUUGGAAUCGUCCCGGUGAAGGUUAAGCAACCAUCAGGUGCUGAAUCAGCGUUGAUGCCGCCUCUGGAACCCGUGACUAAUCCCUCGUCUGACUCCUCGUCACAUUCGUCGUCGACCCUGACUGAAGAUGACAAACACGCAGCACCCAGGUCCAGGGAGGUGACACCUCCGCCAGAAACUGCUGGCGACAGAAGCAUGUACUUUAGUCCUGCCGGCGACAAGCAAACAAAGGAAAACAUUGAGGCAGAGGAGCAGCAAGACGACACACAGGAAAAAGUGGAAAGCGAGAAAGCCCAAGAAGAGAAGGAUGAACAAAAACAGCCGACGAUAACGGCAGAGGAUGCAGAGCGGGCAGUGAGGGCCGUAGUGCAGCCACAGCCGUCGGCCCCUCCCGAGUCCCUCCCGUCUGCUGAGGAAGCGGAGAGGGCAGCCAUGGACGUAGCACCUCCACCCCCACCGCUACCACCUUUCUUCCCUGCAUCCUCGGAAAGCGUGCUGGCUGCUGAAGGAGCUUCUCGCUCAGAACCUUCCACGAGCACGACAGAGCAGAAAGCAAGCUCCAAAGCCCCUAAGAAGACUGUGUUCCUCAAUCUGUUCGGAGCAAAGUAAAGUUAAAAUCUCCCUGUAUAUACAUAAGCCGCUGAUUUUGAAAAUGUAAAUAAUGUUGCCUUCGAUAAGAGAAGGUUCUGUAACAAAUUUUAAGAGAAGGAAUUUUAAUGUGCUAAAAUAGACUGCAUGAUUUAUAUGCAUCGAAAUUAUAGUUUGAUACGAAUUCUCGUUUUCGUAUGUGGGUAAGCCAAAAGAACAAGUUUUAAAAUGC